CUUGUUGUUAUUCUACAACCCCAGUUUCUCGUAAAACUUUUCUAAUAAUUAACCUGAUUUUUUUUUUCUGUAAAUAUGUCUCGGAACCAGAUCUACUAUUCCAACAGGUACAGUGACGACCAUUACGAGUACAGACAUGUUGUUCUGCCUCGGGAGAUGACUAAAUAUAUCCCAAAAUCCCACCUGAUGUCUGAAGACGAGUGGAGACAGCUGGGAGUGCAACAGUCCCAGGGAUGGAUCCACUAUAUGAUACAUGAACCAGAGCCACACAUCCUUCUGUUCAGAAGACCUCUACCUCCGAAGCAAUGACACAAGACCCCACCCUCGCACUACUGGAAGAGUCCUCCUGUGAUCUUUUAUUUAAGAUUAUUAAGUGUAUACUGUCUGGCUGCUCACUGCAGCAUGUGAAUUUCUCAGCUUUUUGAUGUAAUCCCUCUGAUUUGUUUGCCUUUUUUUGUUUUUUUGCGGAGAAAGGAGGAAGAAAUCUUCUUUGACUUCAAACCGAAUUUAUAAAUUAGAGAUGGUCAAAUCUGGUGUCAGUCUCUCUGUGUGUUCAGUUACAUUUGUUUAAUUGUCAUGCUCUGACCUUUACAGUAAUAAACAACCUGCUAACCACCU